AGGAAGUGAAAGGCAGAGCAGCGGGGCCAGUGCGAUCCCACAGGAGCUGGCAGGAGCUGCAACGUGACCAUUAAAACGCGCAAAAAUGCGUCUCAUUAAUGCGCUUGGCUGCGGCAAAGGACACUCGGCAUCGGCAGUGCUGCUGUCACAGGAUCUGCUGUCAGCUGCAUUGAGUGCACUGCAUUGAGCAUGGCCAUGAGCAGUCUGCUGGAAGACGCUGAAAGUGACGCCUCACUACAGCUGGCGGCACCACCGGAAACGUCCGCGGCGCAGCCCAUUUGGGAGCUGCUGCGUGGCAACAUGUUGAACCAGACGCGUGCCCCGCUCUUCUACAACAGCUACAACAUAUCGGAGGAUGUGUAUUAUUACUUCAAUGGCUUUAAUGCGGCAUCGAUGAGCACGGAGCUGGUGCUGAAUGCAGCAAUAAAUGCCAGCAGUGGGCCAGGAGCGGCGCCAGCAAGCAAUACAACCAGCGAGCCAGAUCUGGCUGAAUUUCUGGAGGCGCUGCCCAAUGAUCGCAUGGGCCUGCUGGCGUUUCUAUUUCUCUUCUCGUUCGCCACAGUCUUUGGCAACUCGCUGGUCAUACUGGCUGUGAUACGGGAGCGCUACUUGCACACGGCCACCAACUAUUUCAUAACCAGUCUGGCUGUGGCCGACUGCCUGGUGGGGCUGGUGGUUAUGCCCUUCUCGGCGCUGUACGAGGUGCUGGAGAACACUUGGUUCUUUGGCACGGACUGGUGCGACAUCUGGCGCUCGCUGGACGUGCUCUUCAGCACAGCUUCGAUACUGAAUCUGUGCGUUAUAUCGCUGGAUCGCUAUUGGGCCAUCACCGAUCCCUUUAGCUAUCCCAUGCGCAUGACUGUGAAGCGUGCGGCGGGACUCAUAGCCGCUGUGUGGAUCUGCUCCAGCGCCAUUAGCUUUCCGGCCAUUGUUUGGUGGCGUGCCGCGCGUGAUGGCGAGAUGCCCGCCUAUAAAUGCACGUUCACCGAGCAUCUGGGCUACUUGGUGUUCAGCUCCACCAUAUCCUUCUAUCUGCCGCUGCUGGUAAUGGUGUUCACCUAUUGUCGCAUUUAUCGCGCGGCGGUUAUACAGACGCGCUCGCUGAAGAUUGGCACCAAGCAGGUGCUGAUGGCUUCAGGCGAGCUGCAGCUAACGCUGCGCAUACAUCGCGGCGGCACCACACGUGACCCAGUCAACAAUACCAAUCAGUCUGGUGGUGGUGGCGGCGGCGGUGCAGGCGGCGGCGGCUCCUUGAGUCACUCACACUCGCAUUCGCAUCAUCAUAAUCAUCACAGCGGCGGCACAACGACUUCCACGCCCGAGGAGCCGGACGAUGAGCCGCUAUCGGCGCUGCACAACAAUGGGCUGGCUCGGCAUCGGCAUAUGGGCAAGAACUUUUCACUGUCGCGCAAGCUGGCCAAGUUUGCCAAGGAGAAGAAGGCGGCCAAGACGCUGGGCAUUGUCAUGGGCGUAUUCAUUGUCUGCUGGCUGCCGUUCUUUGUGGUAAAUCUGUUGUCCGGCUUCUGCAUCGAGUGCAUAGAGCAUGAGGAGAUUGUCUCCGCUAUUGUCACUUGGCUGGGCUGGAUCAACUCCUGCAUGAAUCCUGUGAUCUAUGCCUGCUGGAGCAGAGACUUUCGCCGCGCCUUUGUGCGUCUGCUAUGCAUGUGCUGCCCACGCAAAAUACGCCGCAAGUAUCAGCCCACAAUGCGUUCGAAGUCGCAGUGUCACGUUGCUGCCGCCAUGGUGGCCGCCUCCACCUCCUUUGGCUACCACUCGGUCAACCAGUUGGAUCGCACGCUCAUGUGACGACAGCCCAGUAGCUGCAGCACCUGCAGCGGCAGCAGCAAUUGCGGCGGCAACAACGUCGGCAGCGGCGUCGGCGCACGCAACUCGCAUCAGUUUCAUUCCUCAGCUGCGGGUACGCCCUCCUCCUCGCAACGCAGCUGCACACGCUGUCAAAGCUUCCAUCGGCAUCAUCAUCGCGCCCGCCGUCGCAGCUCGGGCAUGCAACAGCGUGGCGACUACAGCUCCACCUCGGCGGUCAACAGCGCAGCCAAGACGAUUGUCACCAUUACAGCGCCACCGGCUGCAGCAGCCUCGGCCAGCUCGCUGCAUUUGGGCAGUGGGCGGCCUUCUUCAGUGUCCACGCUAACGCUGGCUUCAGUGCCGCCCUCGCUGCUGCUGGAGGCGGGCCUAACAGCUGCUGCUGCUGGUUCUGUAAGCGCCGCCAAUACGCCGCUGGCGCCAAGUGGCAAAGGUCAUCAUGUUUCAUUCAUGCCUUUGCCGCUGCUGGGCAUGAAGCGCAUACGCAAUUCCAACUCUUCGCUUGGCUCGCCCACAGCAGCAGCAACUACAACAGCAGCAGUAGCAACAGCAGCGGAAGUGGCAACCAGCUCAGCGCCUUCGUUGAUUGAAGCAGUUGAGGAGAUAGCGCCGCAUGCAGCGCUGGAGCUGCGGCAGAGCGUGCAAAGUCAAAUCACAACACUGGAGGAUGUGGAGGACAGUGACGACAGCGAGAGUGAUAGCGUGGGUGUGGCUUUGGUGGAGACUACGCCGCAGCUGGAGUACCAGGCUGGCAUGGCUUCGAGUUCCUCUAGCGCUUCGGUUAAGUAAACUCGCCACCAAACUCAAUCAUAAGUUUGUAUUUUAGUUCUAAGCGUUGCAUACGUUGCGUAUACUUAACGUUAGUGCAUUUGUAUAUAGCCGCAUGGCUCUCGGUUAGUAACUCUCAUUAGCUUGUCGAUUGGUGAUAACUUAAAGUCGAUAUAACCUCUAUGUCCAUCAUAUCUUAGCUCUUCCAUACAUAACAUAGCCAUAGCUUAAAUGUCCUUAGUUCUUAAACGUUAUUAUAAUUGUUCAAACUGUUUAAAUUUAUUGAAAGCAACGUCUUCAAACCUGUCCCAUGUACCUGAUACUCAAGCUCUAACUAUCUCUCUAACUCUUGUUACAACUCUAAGCUCUUGCUCUUACAACUUUGCGUUCUGUUCACUCAAAUUGUACAAUAUAUAUACGGGUACUACAGAAUUUACAACUCAACUCUAACUCUAACAAAGAAAAAAUAAUGCAAUCAGCAAAAGGCUUCAGUAAACCAAACUAACAG